AAUAUUUACACUGUGUUGUGCAAAGUCCAAUUUCAGAUGCAGUGUCUUCUUGCAAGAUUUAGAGUACUGAGUAGAGAGGAUGUCAAGGCACCCUUUAAAAUUAUGGACAGUCCUGAGGCACCCUUUAAAAUUAUGGACAGUCCCGAGGCACCCUUUAAUAUUAUGGAUAGUCCCGAGCCACCCUUUAAAAUUAUGGACAGUCCCGAGGCACCCUUUAAAAUUAUGGACAGUCCCGAGGCACCCUUUAAAAUUAUGGACAGUCCCGAGGCACCCUAUAAAAUUAUGGACAGUCUCGAGGCACCCUUUAAAAUUAUGGACAGCCCCGAGGCAACCUUUAAAAUUAUGGAUAGCCCCGAGACACCCUUUAAAAUUAUAGAUAGUCUCGAGGCACCAUUUAAAAUUAUGGACAGUCCCGAGACACCCUUUAAAAUUAUGGACAGUCCCGAGACACCCUUUAAAAUUAUGGACAGUCCCGAGACACCCUUUAAAAUUAUGGACAGUCCCGAGGCACCGCAUUCUAAACUAUGA